AUGGGUCAAAAUGCCGUUCUCUUUAGCAAGAAAUCAGCAGCUUUAUUCCGUGGAACAGAAGAUUGGAUCGAGAAGGUCUACGUCAAUGCACCGCAUGCAGUCCUUGAUCCCGAGUAUGCCACGAUCGGUGAGCGACACACAAGAGCAGAUCAGGGUGUUUCCGAUGAGAUGCGUCCUUAUUGUUGGUGGUUCCACGAUAGCUAUGUACCAUUAACGGCAGAUGGAUACUUUUACGGCUUCCAAGAAACUUUGGCGUACAUUGCAUCGAUUCUUUCCGAAAAAGGACCCUUUGAUGGGAUCUUUGGAUUUUCUCAAGGUGCCUGUUUAGCUGCCAUGCUUGCUCAUGUAUUGGAAAAGCCAUCAUCAUUAUCAGCGUCAUUGAACCAUCCUCCACUACGAUUUGUCAUUUUUUCAGGAGGAUUUAUUCCCACACAAAAAGCGACAAGGAAAGAGCUGUUCACUUCAUUGACAACACCAUUAACUACACCCAGCUUGCAUCUCAUUGGGCAAGUCGAUACCAUCAUUGCACCCGAAAGAAUGGAAGCAUUGUCCCGUGCUUUUAGGAAACCUUUUGUAUAUCGUCAUCCAGGAGGGCAUUUUGUACCAACGACAUCUUCAGCGAGAAAAGACUUAGAACGCUUCAUACAACAUAUACAAGAGCAACAUUUACUAUCCAACAAAAUAUAA